AAGCCAACCUAACCUAUUUAUUAGCGAGCUGCUUCAUUGGAGCAGUAAGUACUUUAAAAAGAUAACUUCAGUAUUGCGAUCGUAAUGGCAAACGAUCGUGAGAUGCUUCGGGAAAUCUGGGAUGGCAAGAUACCAAUUUGUUUUACUCUGAAUUCGGAGGAGACUUGUGAGUUGCAAGGACCGGAUCCUUUUUACCUAAUGGUACCUAGGUUAAGUUACUUCCCACUGUGUACAGAGAAGGUGAGAAAGCACUUCAUACGACACAUACAGAGUGACAGUAAACAAGAGCAUGAGAUGUGGCUAGAAUUCAACGGCAUUCCAUUGAAAUGGCACUAUCCUAUUGGUGUCUUGUUGGACAUUUAUUUCAAUGACAUUCAGUUGCCAUGGAACAUCGUUGUCCACUUCGAUAAGUUUCCAGAAAAUGUUCUGAUGCACUGCCAAAAUAAAGAAAUUGUAGAAGCUCACUUUCUCUCCUGCAUAAAAGAGGCAGACGUUCUGAAGCAUAGAGGGCAGAUUGUAUCCAGUAUGCAAAAAAAAGAUCACACACAGUUGUGGAAUGGUAUUAUGAAUGAUAAAUUUGAUCAGUUCUGGUCUGUGAACGGUAGGCUUAUGGAGGCUAUCACUGAAGAGGGUUUUAAAUAUAUACCUUUCCGAUGCUACACCAGUGAGGAUAAAUAUGUACAGAAAUUGGUGAGGCCAUUAAACGAAGAAGGCCAAAGAAAAACGUUGAAGCAUUUGUUAAGUGAAGUAUUCCCGGAUCAGGAAAAUGUUACAGUGCGUACUCAUGGUAUCAUACCACCAUUGGAAACGCCACUUCAAUGGAUGGCGGAGCAUUUGAGUUAUCCGGACAAUUUUCUGCAUCUAAUUGUUGUCACGUCGUAACGCCUAAUGAAGAUCGGAUGAUUUCAUUACUCAAAUAUACUAUUAUUUUAAUUACUAAGUGUGUUUUGCGGGUUAAAGAGGCGAUUGCGACGGAAAAUUUGAAGAUAGAUUCGAGUGACAUCGAAUGUGUUGACAUGAGAAUGUGUUGUGAUAAUAUACAUUACAAGAUAUUUGUAUAUUAGGAUUCCCUGAAGAGAUUCUAAGUAGAUUUUAAUUAUGUAUGAAUUGUACGCGCGUAAAUAACAAGAUUUACAGUUGCGAAUAA